AUGACUGAUGCGUUUUUGCGGGUUCCCCAAGAGCCCUUUUUCAUUGAGCUCUUCCAGCGCUGGCAGGAGUCGCCAGAUGCCAUAAUUAUAAGAGACCUGGCCACAAGCACUGAGGCCACCGUCGGGCAGUUCCUGUAUGAUGUUUUGAUCCAGCGAGAUUUCAUAUCCAACCAACUCGAUGAAGAAUCCCACAAACGACUUCGUGAUCCUGACUCUGAUGUUUUUGUGGCUAUUUUUGGCGGUGCAGGCUAUGAAUUUGCUGUACUCUUCUUCGCCAUCUAUAGCCUUGGUGCGGUGGCUGUUCCUCUCUUAUCGCGAAUUCACCUGGAAGAAGCCCAAUAUUUCUUCCGAGUCUGCAAGAUCGCUCUUAUAACUGCCACUCAAGCUGCAGCAGAUGAGGCAAGAAACCUCUCUGCUCCAGUCGGGAUGAAGCCUUUCGUUCUUACACCAGGCAGCCAACCCACGCCAGCCCAUCCCGAAUUCGUCUUAGAACAAGCAAGCACCCCAUGCAAUCCAGACAAGGGAUUUGUUGUUCUCUGGACUUCGGGCACAACCGGCCCUCCAAAGGGAGUGCUCCUCUCCCGUCGCAGCGCAUAUCUCGCUGUCCAAGCCUACCAGAGAGCCCUUGGCCUUUCACCGGAAGAUACUUGGCUCCAUCAAGUGCCGACUAAUUGGAAAGGGGGGUUUGACUUUUUCACCGCGUGUAUCUACUCCGGGACGUGUCUUGAGUUUUGUGCCGGCGCGUUCAGCCCGCAGUGGUUCUGGCAGCGCAUGCAACAAGGAGGCAUCACCUGCGCCGUCGCCCCAACGCCCCUUCUGGACAUGCUGAGUGAGAGUCUUGACGUCAUACGAAACACACAGCCCCUGUCGGAAUAUGAGCAAGCUAUUCGGGGCUUGCGUGACCUGCGGCUCCUAUGUACUGGAUCCAUGAGAGUUCCCGAAUCGGUCAAGGGUUUCUGGAGGGAGUUGCGCGGUGGACGACCGCUGGUCAAUUUGUACGGGAUGACAGAGGUGGUAGGGAUGAUUUCCAUGAUGGACUGGAAAUCAAACACGGACGGCCCAGCUGUGAACGAUGAGGGAGAGUUAUGUGUCAAGGGUCCAUUGGUUAUGAAGAGGUACCUUUCCAGCGACCCACAUGCCAUGGAAGGUGUUUUUGAUUCGGAGGGAUUCUACAAGACCGGUGAUUUGGGCAGCAUUGGACCCAACCGGGAGAUAUUUGUCCUGGGUCGGGCGUCUCAGGAUGUGAUCCGCUUUCUUGGCUGGAAACUUAACGCCCCGGAAAUUGAAGAAGCGCUUCGCCAUCAUCCACAAGUCUCGCGGGCGUAUGUUAUUGGCGUUGCUGACCAUAAAACCGACCAACGAGUUGCUGCCCUGAUCGUUAAAACCGAAUCAACUGGGGACGAUAGCAACAGCAUGCAACUCGCGAAUUUGCGUCGGUGGCUGGCGAUUGACCAGGGGCUCCCUUUCUUCAAGUUACCAACGAUGCUACGAGUCAUUCCCCACAACCACCCAGUGCCAACCACAACCACUGGGAAGCCGGCUAAGCGAGAGAUUCAUGAUGUCUUUUUCGGUCCCGAGGAAAUUGCGAACGGCGCAGUUGAGCUGUGGGAUCUCGCAACGGAAGAACCAGACAUCGGUAACCGGCCAUGGGAUUGGGAAGGGGUUGAAGGCAAGUGA